GGACGACACCCAUGCAUGCCAUUCCUCUGCAGUGUAUGCCGUAUUGUGUCACAGGAAACAAUCACCCCAGUUUGGCUUUUUACUUCUUUAGCCACUUGCCCUCCAGAGGAUUUACCCUCCUUCCUGACCAGGCCAUGUUUUGCUAUACGGCGCUGCGUAACUGACAAUUGUGUGAAGAUGCUCCUGUCGAGUUGUUAACUUCUGUGGAUGGGCUGGACGUCUUUGUUACAUUUUUCUGUCACUUUUACUAUAGUAUUCUGACUGAUAAGUAAAGCGUUGCUGAUCUUCUUGUAGCCUUCACCUGUCUUGCGUAAAGAAAUUAUUUUCUUUCUCAGGCCUUGUGACAU